AUGGUAGACCACGAAGAUGAGUUGGCCGCCACCAGGACCGACGGCUUCAAAGUCGGUGAGAAGAAAACCGUUGAAGAAUACCAACAGCUCGACCAAAACGACGAAUCCCUCAACCGGUGGAAGGCCUCGCUAGGCCUGGGAGGCGGCACACCCAUAUCCAACCCCAACGAUCCUCGCACUUGUAUCAUCAAGUCCCUUGCUCUCGAGGUGGCUGGACGAGAAGACAUCACCAUUGACUUAUCCGAACCCGGUGCCGUCGACAGUCUCAAGAAUAAACCAUUCACCAUCAAGGAAGGAUGCCGAUUCCGCAUCAAGGCCACGUUCCAGGUCCAGCACGACGUUCUCAGCGGCUUGAAAUACGUCCAGGUCGUUAAAAGAAAGGGCAUAAGAGUGAGCAAGGAUCAGGAGAUGUUGGGAAGCUAUGCUCCAAACACAACGGAUAAGCCAGUGUAUGAGAAGAAAUUCAACGAGGAGGAAGCACCUUCUGGCAUGCUUUCACGAGGGCGUUAUAACGCCGUCUCCAGGUUUGUCGAUGAUGACGAUACCGACCAUCUGAAGUUCGAGUGGACGUUUGACAUCGCCAAAGACUGGUAG